AUGGCCACUAUGAACAUGGUGUGUGAUCGCUUUCACUUUGCCAACCAUACAGAUAAAUGGUGUAAGAAAAAAUGCAAUCGGUACAAGACUGCCAAUUUGGGUAACCAAAGAAAAUAAUAUUAAGGUAAUUGAAGGACAAUUGUUAAAGAGAUAGACUCGAACCCGGGACUCGAACUUGACAUAUUGAACACUUUGUUACUGAAGAAUGAGAACAUAUCUUUCACUGCUGUGGCUUUUGAACUUAAAGUGUUUGUGGCUUACAGCACAAACACACUAUGUCCGCCAUCCUGUAAAUAAAGUUGCUAUAAGCAAAUAUUGGGUUGAAAACAACAACAGCAAUCUUUAUUUGUACUGUCACUUUAUUCAGGACUUUUAUAUUAUAGUACUAACCGCCUGGAAUAACCAUAAGGGCGAAUGGAGUCAGGGCACCCAUAUGUAGCCGCCAUCUGUCUCACUGACCCCGCUGAACUAACUAUAUUAAUUGUAAUUGUAAACUGCCUAGUAUUGGAUAGUCAUUAAUUACCUUUGUCCUUUGUGUUGUUUUCCCUUUAGGAUGUAAACACAGAAGUCUGCGAGCAGUUAUUCUCAUGGCUCUCACGAUUUUCGCACAUUACAAAGCAUGUGAACAGAUGGCGUUUUCUUUUCUUAAUGCUGUACUUAUUAGACAACCAUAAUGAAGAUGUUGCAAACACUUUGUAA